AUGGCCCCUAAAUUCACCUCCAUUAACGCAGGAGCGUCAACCUGUGGAGCAGCUGCUGCCCGGGCUCGAGUACAAUCCCAGGGGCCCGCGGUAACAGGUCCCAUCCAACGCGCUGUGAAGACACAGCGCAAGCCGGCAAAAGGGGCAAAUCCCGAGAUCAUGCGAAAGCAUAUCGAAGACCUGAAGCUCGAGCUUGAGCGAGAAGGUGAAAACUUCAGAUGGCCUCUAGGCCUUACAGCUGGCAAUGUCGUGGUUGCCAAGAUCAAGAAACCAGCGGACGUACCGGAUGCUCUGUCCCUUCAAACGAGCAAACGAGAUGCUGCUACUUCUGACUUUGUCUAUUGUGCUAAGCAGAAUAGUCGUUGGUCGCACGGCAAGAUAGCUGCCUGCAUUGGGCGCUCAGAGCAGGCGUCGCGCUUGAUAAUGCACCAUGCGAAGAUCGAGCUUGCAGCACGGGCGGCAGCACGGGCGGGCGAUGGACAGACUGUUGACCAACACGCUGGACAAGCUCUGGAACGGCGCACUGCACAGGCUGCUGAAGAACACGCUGCACAAGAAGCUGCUGCACAAGAAGCUGCUGUACAAGAGGCUGCUCAACAGGCUACUGCGCAAGAGUCUGCACAGGAUGCAGUACCAGCUCCCACUCUCUCUUCCUCUGUGGGACAACUCGACAGACCGGAGCUCCUCCAUUCUCCAACACAGACAAGUCUGGAGGCGCAAUUUGCCGCAGCCCAAGGACAGCUUUCUGGCCAUUGUGUGCAUGGCUGCUCCGGUUCGUCUCUACAUUCUGACCAGGUUCGUAGCGAAACCGCUUUGUGGAGACCCGGGUCAGACAGUGAUACUGCAUCUUCGAAGGAUGAUCAGAACAUGUCGCCAAUGCAUGUCUUGGCCGCUGCUAGCGCCAUGCGCGCCCGAAACCCGGAGAGGCAGCUCCCUCCUCUUGACGCUGGCAGGAAAGCACCAUACGUGCCCGCUCUCGUGGUCAUGGAAACGAUUUAA